CCGCGUGCCGGACGCCUCACCGGUUCAAAGCCCAUUCCAUUAUCUCCCCCAACUCCGCCGCCCUCCUCCAUGGUCCGCUCCUCGUCGCCGGCCAGCAAGCCACCAUGCGCGGCCUUCCACUCGCACCCCUCCGAUCUGGAGCUCGUCAAAUCCUACCUCCGCCCCUGGGUCGCCUCCGGCCUCAAGGCGGGCACAUUCAUCCACGAGGCCGACGUCUACGCCGCUGACCCCACCGACCUCACCCGGGAGUUCCCGCCGGCGGUCGCCCAGGACGGCGAGCGGGCGUGGUACUUCUUCACUCCGCUGCGUCGCAAGAACGGCCGCGGGAGGCGGAAGGCGCGCACCGUGGCCAACGGGGACGGGUGCUGGCACAACGAGGCGAAAUCGAAGCCCGUCGUCGACGGCCUCGAGGGGCGGCGACAGAUUGGGCACCGCCAGAGUUUCUCCUUCGUGAAGAAGGAGGGCGGCGUGCGGGUCAGGACGGGUUGGCUCAUGAUGGAGCUCCGCCUCGAACGCGACCAUGGGCACGGUCACGAAGCUCCGGAAGAGGGCUCCUUGGGAAAUCUCGUUCUGUGCAAGGUGUACCGCAGCCCGCGCAACCCCGAGGCCAGCGACAACAAACCCACGGCGGCGCCUGGACUCAAGGCGGAGGCCGACGAAGACGAAUCUAGCGCAGCGCCGGCGCCGGCGCCUGGACCCAGGGGGAAGGCGGACGACGACGAGAGCUCCGAUGCGUCGCUAGCGGCGGCGGCAUCUGGGGGCAAGAGGAAAUCCGACAACGAGGAAUCCAGUGAGGCAACGGUGGCGGCGCCUCGGCGCCAUAGGAAGGCGGACGACGAGAUCUCUGGCGCGGUCACGGUGGCGGCACCUGGACGCAAGGAGCAUGCGGCGGACGACGAGGACUCCGCCGAGACAUCGGCCGCGGCGCCUGCACGCAAGAGGAAGGCGGCGAACGACGACGAGAGCUCGGGCGCAGCAUCCGCGGCGGCGCCUCCACCCAAGAGGAAGGCCGACGGCGACAACUCUUGCGCUCCAGCGACCGAGCUGCAGCUGCACUGCCCUCGGUGCGGGUUCCAUCUGGAUGCAGAGGCAGUCUUGGUCGCAGCAAAACCCAAAUCGGAGGCGGAGAUUGUUCAGGUCGACGCGCCCCAGGGAGGCGAGACUGGUGAUUCUUCAGUGAAGGAUCACUCGUUCCUCAAGUUCCUGUGAGAUUCAGUGUGAGAAUCCCAAACAAGUGUUGCCUGACCGUGAACAACACCCCCCCCCCCACCCCCCGAACUGCGCCAUUAUCGGCUCUAAUGCCUGUUUCGCGCAAGGGAAACUCGCCUGGAGUUUUGUAUUUUUAUAACUUUAAAUGUAAUAUUUGCAGAUGUGUCAGCAUACAGAAUAUAUGAAAGAUGGUAGAAUGUACAACAUA